AUGGCGUUUAGAAAUAACAUUGUUUCCGGUGAUGAGGUUGUUUUCGGUAAUGGCUGUGAUGGUGAUGGCGCCAAUGAUGUGUCUUCCGACACUUCGCCCGCUCUACAGCAACCGUCUCCACAAUCUACAGAAGUUUCGUCACAUAAACCGCUACAAACAUAUCUAGAAACCUUUCUGAUACAGUGUUCGUUGUUACCACAACAUGCACUACUGGUUUUUGAACAUGAGUGA